UUCCCCGGCCACGAGACAACUACCAGUGUCUCACGAACGAAGACACACUCUGGACACUGUGAGGCAGGGCAGCUGCAGACUCACAGACAAAUCUCCAUUUGGUCAGCCAGAAAAAGCACCUAUUGAUAAGGAGAUCAUCAGCCGUCAGAUGAACUCUGUGUUCAAGGAGCUCCUGUCCCGCCAGCCUCCGCUGCAGCCGUCUGCCCUCUCUGCCCCCGUCACCCCCGUUCCUUCAUCGUCCACGUCUUCCUCUCUUACUCAAAACGCCCCCGCUGUCAAAAAGGGAUUUGGUUUAAGAAAGACGAGCGCUUUUCAGUCCGGCGGACUGAGAUGAAGAAGGGACAACGAUGGAAUUARUGUUUCACAGCUUGACGAUUACUGCGCCGAUGCCUUUCAGGCAUUUAAGUGAAAAUCUAACUUUUAGUUUCCUUUUUUUUAUUUUAUUUUGGACCUGUGAAUAACAGUUARGUCUGCCAUCUCAUAGUGCUGCUUGUCCUGGUGCCGUGUAGCUGUGCGUCAAGUGUGUCUGUUUUCCAGCUGGUUCUGUUUCGGUGUUUUGUUUUCAGUUCUGGCCUGCUUCGUUCUCCCGGGUUUUUAUUUUAUUUUUUUAUUAUUAUAAWUUUUUUUUUGCAACGUUUGGAGAAUCUGGGAUGUGGCUUCACCGGCGAUCUCACCAAGACAAACGUCAGGACACGGCUCCGUGCGGAACUGAUCGCUCAUCAACACAGUCCUUAAUCUGCCCCUAGUGACAGUUCUGAGAUCAGCUCACCUUGAUUUUUUAUUUUAUUUUUUUUUAUUCUGGAGUAAAAACUGAUCUGAGUCCUGUG